AUGGGUGCGGAUCUCCAUGCGCAAUUAGAUGGAUUUGGGAUAAUCUUUCCCUUCCCUAUUCGCAUAGCGGCCGUCUUAGUUGCGGGUUUCUGGGGAUGGGGAUUCAAUCUACUGUAUCUCAGCAAAGCCGAUAUUCCCGUUCACAGUCUUAUCAAAUACAAUAAACCAACAAAUCCUCAUCAUAUCGCUACAUUUCGACUAGCCAGCCUUUUUACGAUCCCUCUAACCGUCUGGCUAUUCGCCUUCUGGUUCACCACACACAGCUCGCGAGAACUAGUCGAGCACCUAGACUAUGUACCGCUGUCGAUCUUCAUCAUCCUCCUCCUGAUCCUCAUCUGGCCUUUCAACCGUGCCGCCCGCGCUGGCCGAAUCCGCUUCCUCCUAACAUUCAAACGGAUCGUUAUCGGAGGAUUGGCAGAUACCCAAAAUGGCAAAUUCGCUGAUAUCCUCCUCGCCGAUGCUUUGACCAGUUACGCCCGCAUUCUCGGCGACCUCUACGUCAGCUUUUGCAUGUUUUUCACCGACGGCAUCUCAGCAACAUCCAAGCCGAACCGCGCCUGCGCUAAAGAUUUCAUUGUACCAAUUAUCGUGGCCGCUCCGAGCGUCAUUCGACUACGUCAAUGUCUAACAGAAUACCUACGGGCCCGUCGCUCUAAUUCGGCCCACGAAGCCGCAAAGGCAAAUCAGCACUUGGCUAACGCUUUGAAAUAUGCUACCGCCUUUCCAGUCAUCUGGCUCAAUGCCAAGAUGCGAAAUUAUAAUCCAUGGGACUUCCGCGGGCUCAGUGAGAUGACGAUUAUGCGCCUUUUGUUUAUUUUCUCUGUUAUCAACUCCGCAUAUUCAUUCUGGUGGGAUGUUGUGAAGGAUUGGGACUUGACGCUUCUCACCCAGCAACGCCACAGCAGCCAGUACCCCUAUGGACUACGCCAUGAUCGUCAAUUCCGUUCCGAUAAGUUGUAUUACUACGCCAUUGGUGCGGACUUCUUCCUCCGAUUCUCAUGGCUAUGGCGCAUCUUGCCAGGUUUUGGGUGGAUUCCAGAUACCGAAAGUGGACUAUACUUGUUGAUGGUUCUUGAGGUGGCACGACGAUGGAUGUGGGUGUUUUUUCGUGUCGAGGCCGAAUACUUCAGGAAUCCAACACCCUCCGACAGCCUUCCUCGUGCCGAAUCCCAUGGCAAGGAAUUCCAGGAUUGA